AAAUAAUGUUUAUUUUUAUAGUCUUGUUCGACGGUAUCUGCUCAACCGACAGCGAAAGGAACUGCAAGAUUUAGUAUGGGAUGUAUACAAAAUCAGCUUUGUUGAAACACAAAUACUGCUGGUAUAGCCGUUGGUAAAAGGCAAAGCAAUCAUUGUGACGAAUGCUGCUCCUCAGAUCAUUGCAAUAGUGCUCUUUGUUCCCAUCUACAACCGUCUGCAUGUGUAGAUGACGAAACCGCAGAUUGUGCAAAGAUGCAUUCCCUUUUCCAGAUAUGUAAAGAUAUUCAACAUGCAAAGCUUGUAUGUCCAAGAUUUUGUGGCCUUUGUAACGUUGUUGACGGUAAUUGGGCAAACUGGUCAAAUUGGUCUUUGUGUGAUGUCACAUGUGGUAAUGGAACGCAAGUUCGAGCUAGGACCUGCACAGAUCCUGCACCAGCGCAUGGAGGGGCAUAUUGUAGCGGUCCUCAUUCACAAAAUAAACCAUGCUUAAAGGACGUAUGUCCAGUCAAUGGAGGUUGGUCAACUUGGUCCGUCUGGGGAGCCUGUUCUUCAACAUGCGAUAUUGGGAUACAGAGGCGUGAUCGUUCAUGCUCAAACCCUUACCCUUCACGGUUUGGAGACCAUUGUUUCGGGGAUUCUCGUGAUGACAGAAUAUGUAUUACUCAGCCGUGUGCAAAUGGAGGAUGGACAAGCUGGGAUAACUGGUCUACUUGUACGGUUACAUGUGGAGGUGGUAUAAGGUCAAAGUCACGGUCAUGUACCAACCCAAAACCAUCUGUACUUGGACAAUAUUGCAACGGAAUACCGUUGCAAACAGAGCAAUGUGGAAACAAAAUUUGUCCAGAUCACAUAUCAGCUUUUUCCGUUGGAAACCCUUACAACUAUACCGAUAAGCUUACAUUCUCCAGAAUAAUAUACCAACAUGGGAACGACUUUGAUCAAUCAACUGGUACGUUCACUUGCUCAAUUCCUGGAAUCUAUCACUUUUCCGUAACACUUGUUAAAAAGAGAGAAAAUUCAAGAGUAGACCGGGUUUUCUGCGAGCUUUCUAAAAAUGGUAGAUCGCUAACGCAUAUCGAAGUGGACCCAACAGAUGACGACACUGACAAAGGAAGUGCAGCUGUUUCUGAGUCUAUGGUUAUUCAUCUAGACAGGGGUGAUAAAGUUUAUCUAUCUAGUUGUAAUGGUCAACCGAGUACUUAUAUGGCGUAUUGGUCUUCCUUUACCGGGUUUCUACUUCAUCCGGACAAUUAACUGUCACUAAUUACUCUUCUUUAUAAUAUUUUCAAAGAUAUCAAUAUUUGUGUGGUAUAGAAUUCCGUUUUUGUCCAUUUAUUAUCCUUCAAUAUAUAAUCUGAUAUGUUGUACUAUCAAAAAAAAAGAAAAGAAAUAAAUUUAUCUAAA